AUGGGUACAUCGGAUGGCGCGGCUAUCAUAAGGGCGUGGGAAUUCACAAGUCUCAAAGCUUGUGUGGCUUACUAUCAAGAGGAAGUGCAAGAUGGCUGGUGCAACGCAACAUGGGACAGGAUCCUCUGCUGGCCGCCCACGCCCGCCGGCACCGUGUCUCGCUUGCCGUGCCCACCGCUCAAGGGCGUGGAUCCGUCGCAGGUGGCAGAGCGGCGUUGCACAGCGGCCGCCCACUGGGAGGGGCGCACCCUGAAGGAGGGACUCGAGGGCGGCUGGACCAACUACACGCCAUGCCUCAUCCCGGAGAUCAGAGUGCUCAUGGACAAGCUCUAUGCCAAGUCCAAGGAGGAUGCGCAGCUGAAGCUUCACGUGGCUGAAGUCAGUCGGCUGAUCGAGACCGUGGGUCUUUCCCUCUCGUUGGCUUCCGUCCUCGUCUCCAUCGUCAUUUUCUCCUAUUUCAGGUCACUGAGGAACAACAGAACUCGUAUGCACUUCAACUUGUUUGUGGCGAUGGUGAUACAGCUUAUGGUGCGCCUCACACUAUACAUCGAUCAGUACAUCACACGGCAGACGAACCACCGCUCUAAUGGCAUCGACAAUACGCCCGUGCUCUGUGAGGGCUUCUACGUGUUAAUGGAGUACGCCCGCACGGCCAUGUUCCUGUGGAUGUUCAUCGAGGGACACUACCUAAACAGCAUGUUAACUGUGGCUGUGUUCACCGACCGACCUAACCAUAAAAUAUACAACCUAUUAGGGUGGGGUCUGCCCGUGCUUAUGACAGCAGUGUGGGCCGCGGUGACAGCGGUGAAACACACGGGCACUCAAUGCUGGUGGGGCUAUAACCUCAGCCCUUAUUUCUGGAUCUUGGAGGGUCCUCGUCUCACUGUCAUCAUCACAAACUUCCUGUUUCUCCUUAAUAUUCUACGUGUCCUGAUUACUAAACUACAAGCUAGCGUAUCUUCAGAAGCCCAACAAGUCAAGAAAGCAGUGCGAGCGGCGAUCGUCCUCCUCCCUCUACUGGGAAUCACCAACAGCCUCCAGAUGAUUCACUCGCCUCUGGAAGGAAAUAUCGUGGAAUUCGCCGCAUGGAGUUUUGGCACCACUUUCCUGACAGCUUUUCAGGGUUUCUUCGUGGCGCUGUUGUACUGUUUCCUGAAUAAUGAGGUCCGGAGUACGAUGGGUAAAUGCUUGUCCAAUCUAUACACGCAGAGACUGUUGCCCAAACGCUCAAAGAGGAACAUUUCCAACGGCGCUGCGCUAAGCGUGGACCUCGUGGUGGAAGAGCCCCUGACGGUCUAUAAGGACGUGAGUGGCCAAGACUGCGACGGCGGGGCGCAGGCCACCACUUCUGUAUGACACCACACUCUGUACUCCUUCUCCUCCGCUUUUUCCCUCUUUUAUCCUCAUCUCUCCUUCACCGUUGCAUCAUCGCCCGCUAUGUCAACGUUGUGCCAUCUCCCUCCUCCUGCGACGAACUCACUCGUCUUCGGGCUUUUCACGCCAGCUGCUGCCAUCUUGCGGGAGAUCUGGGAACUAUUCGCCGUCUACGCCUCCUUCAGCGCGCCAUGAGUACACCAAUCAGCCAGCCGCUCAUUUCCUCUCCAAACAACUCGCAUUUCGACAAAAGGAAAAAAAUAAAAAGAAAUUCCCCACAUACAGGACAAACCUCUCGUUCUCCCCUAUCUCAUCGCACAAACCUCCUCCUCUUAUCCACUCCUUUUGGCAACCUAUUAUACGAGGAUCGGAAGCUUGGGAGUGAUAAGCUUCUACCCCCCCCACCCCUUACUCCCUAACUCAACCCCCCAGUGGACUUACCCAGGGAAGGGACAGGUGCUUCAGGCUCUCCACAUCUCGUAGGCUUUGCAAAGGAACAAACGACGUGAAAACUUACUAUUUGUGAGAGUCCUCCCCAGAAAUAUAUAUAUAUAUAAAUCCACACUAGAUAACUAGGGCCUUUAGAUAUUACUUAACGACAGAUUAUCGUCAGCAGGAAAGAAAUUAAUUCAGAAUAUCUACCUAGAGGGUUUUUCGUGCAACAUAUAUUAGGUAGAAAAUGAGAAUGAUUCGCCAUUACGAUAGACUCCUCAUUUAUAAAGCGAACUAGAGCAUAUAUUUCGUUACUAUUUUUCCAUAAAAGGUGGUAUCUCGU